CCUUUUUCACUUCAUUUGAUAAUCUCCAUAUGAUCAAUAAUCUUAACCUCGUCAAGAAUCAAAAAUCAAAGAAUGACCUCAUUACAUAUGAAACUAACACUGGACACUCUAUGAUCGACUACAUCUUCAUGCACUCUUCCUUAACUCCUAACCUUAUCGACCAAACUGUAGUAAAAGUUGAUGAAGACUUGUCUGACUAUGCCAUUGUUUAUGCAACUAUCUCUUUAGCAUCUAUUAAUCUGUCUUUUACCCAACGUGCUGCAAUCAAAAAACUAAUAUUUUGA